UCUGGGACGGGUAGUCCGCGGCUCGCGCCCCGCCGCGUCCUCACGGGGGAACUGGACUUCCUUACCCAAGGAGCCGCGCGCGCGCGGGGCUAAGGGAAGCCGGUCUGGGCUGGAACAAAUCAAAUCGAAGGAAAGAAACUGCCGGCUUUCAAAAUCCUCCUCCUCCGCCAUCAUCCGCCGCCGUGUGCAGAGCAGGUGGUGUGGGAGACGCGAGUGACGAGGAUCCUCGGUGUCUCCCGGUCCCGCCUCCUCCCCGGAGAAUAGACAGACGCGAGUGGCCUGGUCAUCGUGGCCGCUGGAUCUGAGGCGGCGACGCUCGGCUGACCCGGCCGGGCCCGGGAGUCCGUCUGUCAGUCUCCGCCCCAGCGGGCGGACUCCCCGCUCGCUCCCCGCACGCGGCGGCGCCGCCUGUUGACGCUUUCAGAUCUCCAGGGGAGCCCACCAUUGUGGCCGUCAUGGCCUCUGAAGACAUUGCCAAGCUAGCAGAGACCCUGGCCAAGACACAGGUGGCUGGAGGACAGCUGAGUUUCAAGGGCAAAAGUCUCAAACUCAACACUGCGGAAGAUGCCAAAGAUGUGAUUAAAGAGAUUGAAGACUUCGAUGGGUUGGAGGCUCUGCGCCUGGAGGGUAACACGGUGGGUGUGGAGGCGGCAAGGGUCAUCGCCAAGGCCCUGGAGAAGAAGUCAGAGUUGAAGCGAUGCCACUGGAGCGACAUGUUCACAGGAAGGCUGAGGUCCGAGAUCCCGCCAGCACUGAUCUCCCUAGGGGAGGGGCUCAUCACAGCGGGAGCCCAGCUGGUGGAGCUGGACCUGAGUGACAACGCGUUCGGGCCUGAUGGAGUGCGUGGCUUCGAGGCCCUGCUCAAGAGCCCCGCCUGCUUCACCCUGCGGGAGCUCAAACUCAACAACUGCGGCAUGGGCAUUGGUGGCGGCAAGAUCCUGGCUGCAGCUCUGACAGAGUGUUACCGGAAGUCCAGUGGCCAAGGCAAGCCACUGGCCCUGAAGAUCUUCGUGGCUGGCAGAAACCGUCUGGAGAACGAUGGGGCCACUGCCUUGGCAGAAGCUUUCGGGAUCAUCGGGACUCUGGAGGAGGUCCACAUGCCGCAGAAUGGAAUCAACCACCCUGGCAUCACAGCCCUCUCCCAGGCCUUCGCCAUCAACCCCCUGCUGCGGGUCAUCAACCUCAAUGACAACACCUUCACCGAGAAAGGCGGGCUGGCCAUGGCUGAGACACUCAAGACCUUACGACAGGUGGAGGUGAUCAAUUUUGGAGAUUGCCUGGUACGCUCCAAGGGUGCCAUUGCCAUCGCCGAGGCUGUGCGCAGCGGUCUGCCCAAGCUCAAGGAGCUGAACUUGUCAUUCUGUGAAAUCAAGAGAGAUGCUGCCAUAGCAGUGGCCGAGGCCGUGGCGGACAAGACGGAGCUGGAGAAACUGGAUCUCAAUGGCAACACCCUGGGAGAAGAAGGCUGUGAGCAGCUGCAGGAGGUGCUCGACAGCUUCAACAUGGCCAAGGUGCUGGCGUCCCUCAGUGAUGAUGAAGGUGAUGAUGACGAAGAUGAGGAAGAAGAAGAUGGGGAAGAGGAAGAGGAGGAGGAAGAGGAAGAGGAGGAGGAGGAAGAGGAGGAAGAGGAAGAGGAGGAAGAAGAGUCUCAGCAGCAGCCAGGCAAGGGAGAAGAGUCGGCCACGCCCCCCAGGAAGAUCCUGGACCCCAACAGCGGGGAACCAGUGCCCGUGCUGUCCUCCCCACCCCCUGCAGACGUCUCCACCUUCCUGGCAUUCCCCUCCCCCGAGAAGCUGCUGCGCCUGGGACCCAAAAGCUCCUCACUGAUUGCCCAGCAGACGGACAUAUCCGACCCCGAGAAGGUGGUGACCGCCUUCCUGAAGGUGUCAUCUGUGUUUAAGGAAGAAGCUGCAGUGAGGACGGCAGUGCAGGAUGCAGUAGAUGCCCUCAUGAAGAAGGCCUUCAGCUCCUCCUCCUUCAACCCCAACGCCUUUCUCACCAGGCUGCUCAUCCACAUGGGCCUGCUGAAGAGUGAAGACAAAAUCAAGGCCAUUGCCAACCUGUACGGCCCCCUCAUGGCCCUCAACCACAUGGUACAGCAGGACUAUUUCCCCAAGACUCUGGCCCCCCUGUUGCUGGCGUUCGUGACUAAGCCCAACGGCGCCCUGGAGUCCUGCUCAUUUGCCCGCCACAGUCUGCUGCAGACGCUGUACAAGGUCUAGAUUGGAGAACCUCUCCCAGUCCGUGGCCUGGAUUGGCACAAACGGCUGCAGCAUGCCCUCCGCUCAGGCAGGACUCUGGCAGGGCGGGUCCCUGGGUACAUGUGUCUGUGUGCUGUGUGUACAGGUGUGUGCUUCCUGUUGGGAUCUGGGUCCUUGUGUCUCCCUGUUGGACGGGCCCUACCAUGCUUGGGGCGCCCAACCCUGGGGAAGGGGCUUGAAGGCUGCUUUGCCAUUAAACUCCCUGCCAUCUGA